AUGUUUCGGAGGUCGCGCAAGUCGCUGUUACAACUAGCCUUUGUCUGUCUGGUCAUCUAUUUGUUUGUCUCGCUCCUUCGGCCAUCGGCACUCAAGCUAUACUCAUGGAACACGAUACGCUACCAAACAACGGCAGCAAGCCUCCCUGAAGCUCGAGGCAUAUGUCCCGGCCUCGAACACAGCUCCAAGCCAGCUCUAGUAGUCUCACACGUCGCUGCUGAUGGCGACACUGCCUGGCUGGAACGCCUCUCGUCCAAAUACCACCUCUGUAUUUACGAAGUCGAUGCGCCUGCCGACCCGACCGUCAAACACCUGCGCGUGCCUGCCAACCGAGGCCACGAGUCCAUCACUUAUCUUACGUUCCUCAUUGACAACUACAGCAACAUCCCGCAAGCUGGUGCAGUCUUUGUACACGGAAAUAGAUUCCAAUGGCACAACGAUGAUCCGCUAUAUGACAAUGCAGCCAGUCUGGCCGCCCUAAAUGUCCCGUCCGCACUUGCAGUCACCGGCUAUCAUAACCUGAGAUGCGACUGGACCGCGGGCACAUGCCACAAAGAUUCUCCUCCACAGGGUAGCCUCGAAACAUUCUUCAAUUCUAUACUGCAGCCCUGGAGUGCGAGAUCUGCCUCUGACGCCGCUAUGCCACACGCAUUUGCCGUUUUGUUCGGUGGGGACGACUAUCUCAGAAAUGGAAAGAGCAAGGGAUUGAAACUCGGAAGAAAUCACCCUGUACGUGCGCAAUGCUGUGCUCAGUUUGUUGUUUCCAGAGAAUCCAUACACCGACAUUCCCGUGAGGAGUAUGUUGCUCUGCGGCAAUGGCUUCUCGAUGGCUACGGCAUGUCGAGAAACUCCGACGCCGCUCCUCGCGACGACAAAAUCGCUGGACGUGUACUAUCGUACCUCUGGCAUAUCCUCUUCAUCCCGCACCAAGAUAGUCCAGUAGACCUGGACACUUUGAACGCACAAGCAUGUCCCAGUGCUUCUGAUUGCUAUUGCCGACUCUAUGGCAAGUGCGAUCUCAAUUGUAAUGCUGGAGCUUGCUAUGCACAAUACCGCCUACCCCCGAAUAUGCGUCUCCCAGAUAAUUGGGCCGACCUUCACAGAAACGAUAUAUACGAGGUCUACGAGCCUGGGGUUAAAGCUCUUCAUGGAAGACUGUAUCCCAAAGCCUUCGAGCCCUGA